CCUGAUACCCUACACACUUAAUAGUGCACGAGUCCAGCAGCCUCCUGCCUUCUCUGCUCUGCACCACGGUCAACACUCGACUGCCCUUGCGCUGGUUAGGCCAGAUAAGAAACUGCAACAUGUCCAUCCUGAAGAUCCACGCUCGUGAAAUCUUUGACUCCCGUGGAAACCCCACUGUGGAGGUUGAUCUUUACACCAAAAAAGGUCUCUUCAGAGCCGCAGUGCCCAGUGGUGCUUCUACUGGCAUCUACGAAGCCCUUGAACUCCGUGACAAUGACAAGACACGCUAUCUGGGCAAAGGUGUCUCAAAAGCUGUUGAGCAUAUCAAUAAAACAAUUGCACCUGGUCUGGUUAGCCAGAACGUGUCAGUCUUGGAACAGGAGAAGAUUGAUAAGCUGAUGCUCGAUAUGGAUGGCACAGACAACAAGUCAAAGUUUGGUGCUAAUGCCAUCCUGGGCGUUUCCCUGGCUGUGUGCAAGGCUGGUGCUGCAGAGAAGGGCGUCCCCCUUUACCGCCACAUCGCAGACCUCGCUGGCAACCCUGAAGUCAUUCUUCCAGUGCCUGCCUUCAACGUUAUCAACGGCGGCUCUCAUGCCGGCAACAAGCUGGCCAUGCAGGAGUUCAUGAUCCUGCCCGUUGGUGCCAGCAACUUUAAAGAGGCCAUGCGCAUUGGUGCUGAAGUCUAUCACAACCUGAAGAAUGUCAUCAAAGAGAAGUACGGCAAAGAUGCCACCAAUGUGGGCGAUGAAGGCGGUUUCGCCCCCAACAUCCUUGAGAACAAAGAAGCUCUGGAGCUGCUGAAGAACGCCAUCAGCAAAGCUGGCUACACCGACAAGAUUGUGAUCGGCAUGGAUGUGGCCGCCUCUGAGUUCUACAAAGGUGGCAAAUACGACCUGGACUUCAAAUCACCUGAUGACCCCAGCCGUUACAUCAGCCCUGACAAGCUGGCUGACCUCUACAAGAGCUUUGUCAAGGAUUAUCCUGUGGUCUCCAUCGAGGAUCCAUUUGACCAGGAUGACUGGGAGGCCUGGACCAACUUCACUGCCACCACUAACAUCCAGGUGGUGGGUGAUGACCUCACAGUGACCAACCCCAAGCGCAUCGCUAAAGCCGUGUCUGAUAAGGCCUGCAACUGCCUGCUGUUAAAGGUCAACCAGAUCGGCUCGGUCACCGAGUCCCUGCAGGCCUGUAAGAUGGCCCAGACUAAUGGAUGGGGUGUGAUGGUCAGUCACCGUUCUGGAGAGACAGAGGACACCUUCAUCGCUGACCUUGUAGUCGGACUCUGCACUGGCCAGAUUAAGACUGGAGCUCCCUGCCGAUCUGAGCGUCUGGCCAAGUACAAUCAGCUGCUGAGGAUUGAGGAGGAGCUCGGAGACAAGGCUCGCUUCGCUGGCAAGAACUUCAGGAAACCCAUCUGAAGCACUGACCCGUCCUGAGUCUCGGCGUGAUCAUCCUGCUUUACUGUCCCACACAUAAACGCCACGCAAAGCCACAUCCUGUAGAAUGGAGAUUAGAUGGAAAAGCAGUGAAACGAAAGGUCCAGAUCAAUAGCGUAUGGCGCAGAACACUGCCAGAUCUCCAUCUAUGCUUUGGUAUCCAAAUAGCAUCAGUCCUUUAAUCGUGUCUCUGUGUUGUGUGAGAGAUCUUUGUUUAGCUUCUUGUGAGUUGUAGUGAUUCUGGUGCUCCACUCAAUAUUUUAGCAGAGAUCAAGCCAUUUAAUGUGCUGCAAUGUGCAGCGUCAGUAUGUGCGUUGUGUUGCUUUUGAGAAGUGUUAGUUCUAUAUGCGUGGCAUAACAAAUAAAUUAUACCUAUUGAAAUGGA